UGAAUAUUUCAAAGACUGGCUGAUGUCAGCAGCAUCUGCAAAGAGCCUAUAAAGCCAGCUUCUGGGGACCAAAGACUUCCAUCCUCCACACUUCAAAGAAGCGUUUGUCUACUGGAAAAGAGCUCCACCCGCUGAAGAGAAGGACUCCUCCUGUAUGUGUCUGUACACAAUGGUCAGUGCGCGGACUCUCCUCCUCGCGGUCACCUGCUGCUACGCCUACCUGUACCUCGUUCGCGCAGAGGACUCCUCAUUGGAGACGCGCUCGCUGGAUUUCACCCUGAAAACUCAACAAGAGAAAGACUUGAUUGACGCAUUGCAAGAAGUUCUGGAGAAGCUGAGGAGCAAAGAGAUGCCCUUGGAGAAAAAGCAUGGAUGGUUACCUUCGUGUGACGCAGGGGAGCCGUGCGCCGUGCGUAAAGGCGCGCGUAUUGGCACGCUGUGUAGCUGUCCACGGGGGACUACUUGCAACUUCUAUGUUCUGAAAUGUUUGUGAUGAGGAAAAGAAAAAGAUAACAGAAGUGCAAGAAAUAACGGAAGAGUUCAGGGCUGAUAAAAAAAGAUGAAUGUGAGAAAUAACAGGAAGGUCUGCUUCUGUUAAAUACAUUUGUGAUAGAAAAUAAAAUGCUGUAGAAUGUGACUUUUUUUGCCUUUAUAAACAUUGACUGUUAUGAA